GUUCUGUCUCGUGGCGGUCAGAGGUGAAAACUAACAUCAGAGCGCCGCCUGUUUAUAAAGGCACAUCCGCAAAUCGGGCUCGAAAAGUCGUAGAUCUGUGCGGAAACUCUUGGAGAAACUAACAACUUCCUUUAAAAAACAGAUACAUGGCAUGCUACAUUUCUGCACCGCUUCUGUGACCGCGGUGGAUACGAGCGCGUUUUUUUAAAUUAUUAUUAUUAUUUGCAGAAUUCCGCAAUUUGCUUACUUUCGCUUUGCACUUGCUAUCAAUUUAAAGCAAGUUAACUAAACAUAGACGAUGUCAGCUAGGAUUGUGUUUUCACCCCUUAAGUCCAGGAUUAAUUUUUCUAAGCGUGCAGAAUGUUUGUGGGCGCUUUGGAAGUCUGGAGGUCUGUCAUAUCAAAUGUGUCGGACCCUACAUGUGGACACCCCCCCCUGCAUACCCACGGUCACCACCAGCUACGUGCAUGGCACCUCCACCAUCUCCCUCCUCUCCUGCACCGUGCCCCAGGCCCUGCAGGCCACAGUGGACCGCUGGCCGGAUCGCGAAGCCGUGGUGUUCAUGAAGGAUGGCAUCCGGAAGACCUUUGCACAAUUCCAGCAGGACGUGGACCAGGCAGCUGCUGGCCUACUGGCUCUGGGGCUGAAGAAGGGUGACAAGCUCGGCAUGUGGGGGCCGAACAUUUACGAGUGGAUCCUGUUUCAAUUUGCCACAGCGAAGUAUGGAGUCGUGCUGGUGUCUGUGAACCCAGCCUAUCAGCUGCAGGAGGUGGAGUUUGCGCUGAGGAAGGUACAGUGCAACGCAGUGGUGUGCCCGACCCAGUUCAAGACCCAGAAGUACUUCGAGAUGCUGAAGAAGAUCUGCCCGGAGAUGGAGAUGGCCAGGCAAGGAAUCUUCAAGAGCACCAGGCUGCCGGACAUGCGUAUGGUGGUCCUGACUGACAGCCGCCAGCCGGGGGCGCUCCACAUGGACGACGUCUUACAGGCAGGGGGCAGUGAGGAGCUGAAGGAGCUGGAGGCCCUGCAGAAGAAGCUGUCCUGCGACGAUCCCAUCAACAUCCAGUUCACAUCGGGAACAACCGGGAAUCCCAAAGGUGCCACUUUGUCUCACCACAACAUUAUCAACAACUCCUACUUCAUUGGCCGACGCGUGGGGUUUGACUGGCGGCCUCAGGUCAGAGUGUGUGUGCCGGUGCCCCUGUACCACACCUUCGGUGCCGUCGGCGGAGGCAUGUGCAUGGCGGUACAUGGGGUGACACUUGUCUUCCCGUCACCUGGGUACGAUGGACGCGCCAACCUGGAGGCCAUUGAGAAGGAGAGGUGCACCUUCGUUUUCGGCACUCCCACCAUGUACAUCGACAUGCUGGGCCAGUAUGACCAGAACAAGUAUGACCUGUCAUCUCUGGAGGCUGGAAUAAUGGCUGGUUCUCCGUGUCCUGCUGAAGUCAUGAAGAAAGCCAUGAACGUCAUGGAUAUCAAGGAACUGGUGAUUGCCUACGGCACCACAGAGAACAGCCCUGUGACCUUCAUUGGCUUUCCCCGGGACAACAUAGAGCUGAAGACUGAGACCGUCGGCUGUGUUGCGCCACAUACAGAGGCCAAAAUCAUAAACCCCGUGUCUGGGGAGGUCGUACGUCUUGGAGAACCAGGAGAACUGCUGGUAAGGGGCUAUUGUGUGAUGCUGGAAUACUACAACGACGAUGCGAAAACGCAGGAGGCCAUCGGGAAGGACCGCUGGUACAGGACCGGGGACAUCGCGAGCAUGGACCAGUUCGGGUACUGCCGCAUCGAGGGCCGCAUGAAGGACAUGAUCAUCCGUGGUGGGGAGAACAUCUACCCAGCUGAAAUCGAACAGUUUCUGCAUAAACACCCCAAAGUGCAGGAGGCACAGGUGGUCGGGGUGAAGGAUGAAAGGAUGGGAGAAGAGGUGUGUGCAUGCAUCAAGCUGAAGGAAGGAGAGGACUGUACCCCAGAAGACAUCAAAGCCUACUGCAAGGGUCAGAUUGCCCAUUUUAAGAUCCCCCGCUAUAUAGUGUUUGUUCAGGAAUAUCCAGUCACAGUCACAGGAAAGAUUCAGAAGAACAAACUGCGUGCGCAGAUGGAGAAGAAGCUGGAGCUGUAAGGCGGGCGGCGAGUCUGAGAGAGAGGUGACUACAGGAGGUGGAGCAGCGGUGCCUCUCGCGCUCUCUGCAGCUCUGCGUUACGGCAGACGGGGGACGCAGGAUCCCCGGAGGGCGCCAAGCCUGCAUGCGGAGGGGCGUCCUCAGCCAUCAUUAUAUUACAGUACUGUUUAGGCACAGAAAAUUACCUCUAUAGCUGUGAAAGAUUUUAUGUGAAUAUAGUAAUGAUUCUUGUAUUUCAUACUACGCACACGUACACAUUUUUCAUGUUACUGACUCCUGCGCCAGAAUACUCAAACUUGUUACUUCGGAAUUGUUUUUAAAAAUUAACAAAUUAUUUAAACCAAUAGAUCAUGUUUUGAUUAUUAAAACCAAGAUGACCAGUAGCUUUUAAAUGUUGUUCAAAUUCACUCAGAUUCUAGUUUUUAUGUUCCAUUGUCUCCCCCUGUGGUAAUCUGUGGUAAUGCAUCAUUCCUGUCUCAUUGCCCGGUUAUGGAACCAUGUAGUCAUGUACGUUACACCUUUAUGUUGAUAGUUGCUCUGUACAUCAUGCCAAAGGAUAAAGAAUGAAAUGCUUUUUUUGACAGAUAUUUUUCUAGUUUUCAAACAAACAUACCUCUUGGCUUAAUACUGCCUUUGUAUUAUUAUUAUGUUGUAUGAGAAUAACUAAUAAAACACUUAAUCAAUUUAAAAACUU